AACUGAAUGUAUUGCAAAACGCUGAAUUUGAAUGGCUUUUAGGGAGCUGGAAAAAGCAGAACCAUUUACGAGAAAAAUUCACGAAGACGAGCUGUGGUUGUACAGAAAUCCGAGAACAGACUCUUUCGUUCCAACUACAGUAUUAUGGCCUCUUGUGUUUAUGAUGCCGAUCGUUGUUAUUUGCUUCUUUUUCAUAAUACACAAAGAUAAAGUCGAUCUUAAGCAGUCAGUAUUGUCUGUAACAUUAGCCUUAGGAUUUAAUGGUCUUAUUACAGACAUUUUGAAACUUAUAGUAGGUCGUCCAAGGCCAGAUUUCUUCUGGCGGUGUUUUCCAGACGGACAGAUGAAUCCGGGAUUUAAAUGCACUGGGGAUCCAGUCGUUGUUAGAGACGGAAAGAAGUCAUUCCCAAGCGGACAUUCCUCGUUUGCGUUCGCCAGUUUCGGCUUCAUCGCCUUGUAUCUAGCCGGAAAGUUACACACAUUCAGCCUGGCGGGAAAAGGACAAUCGUGGAGACUGUGCACGUUCCUUUUGCCGCUUUGCAUCGCCCUCACUGUCGCGUUAAGCAGAACGUGCGACUAUCACCAUCACUGGCAAGACGUGGUGAUAGGAUCGGUAAUAGGCUACUGCUUAACGUACGUCUGCUACAGACAUUAUUAUCCUCCGUUAGAUUCGCCAUAUUGCGACAAGCCGUACGUCGCGUUACAAGUUCAGUCAGACACUGUCAAAUCUAACAAAAACGAGCAAAUUAAGUGGAUAUAAAGGAUUAUUGUAGCGCCAGGAUUAUAUUUUAAAGAAUUUUUUCUGCUCAAUUCGACAUUACUAAUUGUAAGAAUUACUGAAGAUAUGAAAGCACAAUUACAAGGAUAGGAUUUAUUAAACUCCAGCUAAUCUAAGAAUUUAAGAAAGUGAUAAUAACAUGUGAUAUUUUUAGAAUAUAAAUGAUUCUAACAUCAA